AUGCCUGUGGUCAACGUAGAUGAUUUGGUUCGUCUGCAGCGCAGACCCGAGGACAUUCGAAAUAUCUGUAUUCUUGCCCACGUCGACCAUGGCAAGACCUCCUUGACAGACAGUCUUAUUGCCACGAACGGCAUUAUCUCGCCCAAGUUGGCGGGUAAGAUCCGCUACUUGGACUCAAGACCAGACGAGCAAUUACGAGGUAUAACGAUGGAGUCCUCUGCGAUUUCUCUAUUCUUCUCAAUGCUUCGCCGUUCCAGCCCGGAGGCAGCCCCUACACGGAAGGAGUAUUUGAUCAACCUCAUUGAUUCCCCGGGUCAUAUUGACUUUAGCAGUGAGGUCUCUACGGCGUCUCGUCUCUGUGACGGUGCUGUGGUUCUAAUCGAUGCGGUUGAAGGUGUUUGCAGUCAGACCGUCACAGUCUUGCGGCAGACAUGGGUUGAGCAGCUGAAGCCGAUCCUCGUUAUCAACAAGAUGGAUCGACUUGUGACUGAGCUUAUGAUGAGCCCUAGCGAAGCUUACUCACACCUGAGUCGGCUCCUGGAACAAGUUAAUGCCGUGAUUGGUAGUUUCUACCAAGGUGAGCGCAUGGAAGAGGAUUUGCAAUGGCGAGAGCGCAUGGAGGAUCGAGUCAACGCUCUCGCCGCACGGGACAAGGAGAAGACGAAGAACAAAUCGGCAGACGACAGUACCUCUGAGACCGUCAACGAUUUUGUCGAAUUCGAGGAGCGCGAUGACGAAGAUCUCUAUUUUGCACCAGAGAAAAACAACGUCAUCUUCUGCAGUGCCGUGGACGGUUGGGCCUUCACCAUCCGGCAGUUUUCUGCCAUCUACGAGAAGAAACUUGGAAUCAAGCGCAGUGUAUUGGAAAAAGUGCUUUGGGGUGAUUUUUACCUUGAUCCCAAGACAAAACGUGUGCUGGGACAAAAGCAUCUCAAGGGUAGGGCGUUGAAGCCUAUGUUUGUGCAACUUGUUUUGGACAGUAUCUGGGCCGCAUAUGAAGCCACUACUGGCGGCGGCAAGGGCAAAGGUGACGCGGUUUUGUUGGAGAAAAUUACCAAAUCGCUGAAUCUCUCAAUUCCUCCUUAUGUGAUGCGCUCGCGUGAUCCCAGAAAUAUCAUGACUACUCUCUUCUCUCAAUGGCUACCACUGUCCACAGCAGUGCUCGUCUCCGUGAUCGAAUACCUCCCAAGUCCUCCGGCUGCACAAGCUGCCCGUCUUCCUGAAAUGAUCCAAACAUCACCCGGCUCGGAUCAAGUGUCUGAGAGAAUCAAGGAGGCGAUGGUAUCAUUCAAGACUGGACCCGAGGAACCAGUCGUUGCCUACGUCAGCAAAAUGAUGGCUAUCCCCGAGAGUGAGCUCGGUUCAAGCAAGAAGCGUGCAGGGGGCACCAUGACCGCGGACGAGGCCAGAGAAAUCGCUCGUCGUAAAAGGGAGGAAAUCGCUAAGAUGCAAGCUGAAGCCGGGUCGGGGCAAAAUGACGCGUUUGAGAGAAUGACAUCUGCGUUUGAGUCAACGAACCUGAUCACCGAGACGGAGGAACCUCAAGAGCCCGCCGAAAAAGAGGAUCCGGAGCAUCUCAUCGGUUUUGCUAGACUGUAUUCAGGAACACUUUCAGUUGGAGAUUCGAUCUAUGUGCUGCCGCCGAAAUUUUCGCCAGCUGAUCCGCACGCAAACCCCGAGCCGAAAAAGGUCACUGUGACAGACUUGUACCUACUGAUGGGUCGAAGCUUGGAGCCUCUCAAAUCAGUACCGGCUGGUGUGGUCUUCGGUAUUGGUGGUCUUGCCGGACAUGUCCUGAAGACCGGAACUCUCUGCAGCCAAAUUGAAGGAAGCAUCAAUUUGGCGGGUGUCUCGAUGAGCACACCACCGAUUGUCCGUGUUGCUCUGGAACCCACUAAUCCGGCAGACCUUAGCAAGAUGGUGACCGGUCUCCGUCUGCUCGAGCAGAGCGACCCGUGCGCAGAAUAUGAAGUUCUUCCUAGUGGUGAGCAUGUCAUCUUAACAGCCGGUGAACUGCAUCUAGAACGCUGUAUAAAGGACCUCCGCGAGCGUUUUGCUCGAUGCGAUAUCCAAACAGGUGAAGCGAUUGUUCCCUAUCGUGAAACUAUCACAGAUGCUGCUGAGAUGGCGGCCGCCAAGAAUCCAGAGCUGGGCCGUGGUUGCGUUGUCUCUGUCUCCGCAUCUAAGCAAAUGACUAUUAGACUGCGUGUCAUGCCCAUGCCUUCACCUAUCACAGACUUUUUGUCCAAACAUGUCGGGACUAUCAAGCGACUCCAAGCGGAGAAGCGCACGGCUGCCGAUUCAAAGAAAGAUUCGAAUCCCGCAGUCUCGGAUUCUGCGCAGCAACUUGAGGCCUCCAGUGCCGCCGCAGCCGGUGAAAUUGGAGAAGGGAAUCUCUUGUCGAUGCAGGACUUCCGAAAUGAAUUGAACAAGAUUUUUGAGGAAGAAAUCAAAGACGAGAAGGAUCUAUGGAACAACGUUGUUGAGCGAAUUAUCGCAUUCGGUCCACGCAGGGUUGGACCCAACAUCCUCGUGGAUGGCACGGCAGUUAACACCUGCGAGAAAUUUUUGCUCGAAGACUCCAAGCAGAAGAACGCAUCUGCGGAUGAUAUGAAAGCCUUGCUCGUACGCGACCUUUGCGAUAAGAUUGCAUAUGCCUUCCAGCUGGCUACUGGACAGGGCCCACUUUGUCAGGAACCAAUGCAGGGUGUCGCCGUAUUUUUGGAGGAACUCUCUGUAGACGCCAGCUCCACUGACGAGCUCGACAUGGGCCGCCUCACAGGUGACUCUAUCAAGCUUGUUCGCGAAGGUAUCACCCAGGGAUUCUUGGAUUGGAGUCCGCGCAUCAUGCUUGCAAUGUACAGCUGUGAAAUUCAAGCAACCACCGAGGUCCUUGGCCGAGUAUACGGUGUCAUCACUCGACGACGAGGUCGUAUCCUGUCCGAGGUCAUGAAAGAAGGAACACCCUUCUUCACUAUUCUCGCUCUCCUUCCAGUCGCCGAGUCUUUUGGUUUCGCCGAAGAGAUCCGCAAGCGUACAUCCGGCGCGGCGCAGCCCCAGCUCAUCUUUGCCGGAUUUGAGGCUUUGGAUGAGGACCCAUUCUGGGUGCCUGCCACCGAGGAAGAACUGGAAGAUCUGGGCGAAUUAGCUGACCGUGAGAACGUCGCCAAGCGGUAUAUGGAUGCCGUCAGAACUCGCAAGGGUUUGGUCGUACAGGGCCGGAAGUUGAUCGAUGCUGAAAAGCAGAAAACGUUAAAGAAAUAG